AUGAAGGAUCCAACGAGUGAUAUGUAUGAAGAUGGGAAUGAUAAGAAUGUCAAUUUUGAAGAUGUAUAUAAAAGAAUUGUGGUUAAGGACAAGUUAUUAGAUGAAAAGAAGAGGAAGAGUAUAUUUAAGAACAUUGUUGAAGUGAGUAAGAUGAAAGAUUACAAUUCAAUUAUGAAAUAUGAGUAUAUAUUAAAACUUCAUUUUUUCAGUAGUAAUGUAAAUGUUUUAAAUAUAUACAAAUUAACAAAAUGUGAAUACGAAAAAGAGUUUGAUGAAGUAGCUAAAUGCUUAAAGAGCAAUAUAUUACUUAGUAUAGUUGAUACGAACACAAUAAAUGAUAAUAGUAGUGAACAUAUUGGAGAAUAUUUUUUAAAAAAUUAUGAAGAAUUAAGAAACUUUGAUUAUGUUAUUGGUAAUACUGAUUACCCUUUAGGAUUUGAACAGAAUACGAAUGGCACAUUUAAGGUAUAUUUAUUUAAAAUUAUACCGAGUAAAACUCUUUUAUUAAACAAUAGUAAUUUUGGAUAUAUCGAAAAGAAUGAAAUUCCUAAUUCCUAUGAUUCCAUUGCUGUUGAUAGAAGUCUAUACUGUAUGCGAAUGAAUUCAAAAGGGGGUGCCGAAAAAAAAGGGGGAAAUGAUCAUCGGAAUAAUAGUAUUAGGAAUGGCCAUUACACGUACAAUAGGUACUACAUCAACAGUUACAGUAACAGCCCCUUUAGUAGGGGGUAUAACGGAAAGAAUGGACUUCCGUAUAGCUACAUAUAUAAGGUUAAAAAUUCGGAGCAAGUACUUCCUUUGCUACUGAUAGAGUUUGAAUUCAAAUGUUUGAGGGUAGAUGUUAGUGUUCCUGUAUGUGAGAACUGUUGUAGCGCUCAAGCAAUUUACUACUGUUAUAAUGACAAAGUUCAUUUAUGUGAUAUAUGUGAUAUAAAACAUCACGAGAAAAAUAAAAUUUUAAAAAAUCAUAAAAGAAUUCAUAUAUCGGAGUCCCCAUAUCAAUUCGGAAAAUGUGCUUAUCAUCCAAAUGAAUUAAUUGAAAAUGUAUGUAUGAAAUGUUUUUGUAGUCUUUGUCCAAAUUGUAUACUAAUAGGUAAUCAUUCUAGAGGUACUUAUCGUAAUCAUCCAAUAACAAAUAUAAAAGAUGCGUUUAUAUUGUCAUAUCAGAAAAAGUCCUUAAGUGAUAUAAAUUUAGAAAAUAGGAAGAUUAGAAUAAUACAUUUAUUAAAAAAGAAACAUAAACAGUUAUCUGAAAUUUAUUCUAAUUAUACAUCUUUACAAAAAAGAAUAGAUACAUUAUAUAAGUAUAUAAUAAAUGAAUUAAAGAAUGUUAAAAAGAAAAAAAUAGAAUUUCUAAUGGCUUUAAAAAGGUCUGUGUUAUCAGAACUACUAACAAUAGAAUGGAUGGAUGCAUUUUUUUUUCAUACUAAAUUAUCUUUAAAAUUUUCAGACUUCAUAUUAUAUCAAAAGAAACAUGAACUACUUAUUGAAUUUUUAACUGCAAAAGUGAAAGAAACCAACUUCUUUAAAUAUAUUCCUCAUUGGGUUUUCCAAAAAAUAUAUGUUCAUUCAGAUUUGUACAUUUAUGAAGACAAUUUUUACAAAAUCAAUUUAGCUAACCAUGCAAGUAUAGAUAACACAAUAAUCGGGAAAAAGGAGAGAAAUCAUAAUAAAGACUGUCUUCUAAAAAUAAGUGAGAAUAAACUAGAAUCCAUGUACAAUUUUAACACCAUGUUUAACGACAAAAAUAGGCACUUUGCUCUUUACGAUGACGAUAAGUUGAAGGAGCAUCAUGACGACAGAAACGAGUGCUAUGCGAAAUUAGCUUUAACACAUCAAGCAGGAAGUAGAGACCAUGCAAGGGGAAAAGCGGGGGUGAUGAAUGAAACAGAGGUGAGAGAUGAAGAGGCAGCGGUGGACGUAGCAACAGGGACAGAAGCUGAAGCCCUUAUGAACUUGCUUUAUGACGGCAAUCCUUUUAGUGGAAAGAAUAGGGAGUAUCAUAAAUACGAUAUGAUGAACAAAGAGGAUAUAAAUGAAGUAAUUGAGCUUAGAGAGAACUACUGUUCCAUUUAUGAGUUAACUAGUGAGAAACAGAGCAACAAUCAUUUACUAUUAUAUACAAUUUUCAAAAACGAAAAAAUGAUGGAGAAACAAGCAGAAAUGUCAAAUAUGAAGAAUUCAUAUAUUUAUAAAGAAUUAUGGAAAAAUUUAUUAAAUUAUAAAUAUUUAAAUAUUAUACACAUAUUAAAAGUAAGAUAUAGUUAUUACAAUACAUUAGAAUUAGCUACUUCAUUUUUGAAUAUUUCAAAUUAUUAUAAUAUGUUAGAAGAUCUCGUAAGGCAUAUAAUUAAACAUGAAAUAUAUACACUGUUCAAUAAAAAUAUCGAUUAUCAUACUAAAAUGAAAGUAACUCAAUUGUUAGAUACAUGUACUACCUUAUUGUGUAUCAGGAAUUUUAAAUUGUCCUUUCUUGUUGACAAAUACGUAGAGAUGUGUUAUGUUGAGGUGGAGAAAAAUGAAAAUCAGAUCUUAGAAGAGGUAAAAAAUAUAAGGGGGAAGGAUAUGUAUUUGUAUGAAGUUUACUUAGAGCAAAAAAAAGGUCAUAACUGUAUCGUGCAGAACGGUGGUAGGAAGGGGGACAGAGCUGAUGAAAAUUCUGAACGAGUUCAUACAGCUACUCAACAUACGUCUGUCAUCAAUGGAACGGUAGCUGAUGAACAAAGUGCAGAUUUAAAUAUAAAUGAGAAACGGAGCAAAGGGGAGGAGAAAGAACUGGGGAUUAGAGAAAACGAAAAAAAAGGAAUUACAACAAAAAACUUAGGAAAUAGGUUAGGAGAGGAAGAUUAUACUAUGCUAGAAGAAGACAACUUCAUAUCUGAAGAAGUAAUUAACCAAAUGAAUAACGAUGUGGAACAUAACAAAUGGAUAAACAAGAAUGAACACGAAAAUAGAACAAGUGAUAUUAUAAAUGAUAAGGAAAAGGAAGAAUUUGAUAUGCUAAACAAAAUAAAAGAGUAUAUAUAUAUAUAUAUGGAAAAAUUAAUAAACGAUAUAAUAAACAUACCACAUAAGGAUUUGAAUGAUAGUAUACGAUUUUUAUUUUACUUAAUACAUGACGAAAUUGAUGGAACAAAUAAAAGUAUAAUAAUGAAUCAAAAAAAUUUUAGUAUACAUACCUUAACAUUAUGUCUAGAUUUAUUUCUAAAUUCUAUUCUAUAUCCGUACAUUAUCUAUGUACAUGAACAUAAUAUUAGUAAAAGCAUAAAAAAAAAUUCGUUAUUAUAUCAAAAAGUAAUAUUACUAUUUGCUCAGACGUUAAGAGAAAUAUCUAUAUACACCUUCCAGAUAUAUAAUAUAGGAAUAUAUGAAAAUAAUAUUAAAAUAAUUAUAAAUGAUAUUAGAAAUAACAAAAUCAUGCAGGGGAAAAUGACAAACGAUAACAUGUUUUUCUUGGACUCCUCUCAAAAGCUUUUUAGGUGGAUUAUCAAAAACUUAGAGGCCCCCAGGUACUACUCUCCAAUCAAGUGGAAUCCCAAUGAAAGCAUAGAAAGGAGCUACGAAAGAGUUGUAAGCGAAAUUAUAAGCAUCGACAAAUCUACGGCGGAGAAUUGUGUCAAUGAAAAUGUUGAUUAUAACAUAUUAUUUAGUACUAUAAAUUUUAAGGAUAUUUUGGCUCUGUGUUAUUCCGUGGAAAGAGACAAUGCGUGA